ACCGGCUCCCCUCGCUGGCUCUCCUCCGCAGCUCCGCUCCCCUGCUCGCCACCUCCCGCCCAUUUUAAACCACCACCACUACCAAACUUUGCUUGCCUCCCCAGUCCCCACCACCGCUUGGCUGCCGCUUGCUGCUGCGGUCGUCUAGCUAAGCUAGCUUACAUAGCCAGCUUCGACACGUCGCGACGCAGAUUAAGCGGCACGAGGCCAGCCUCCGGGAGCUGGUGGUGGAGCUAGGCAGGCGGCGUUGUGCUUGCUGGCUUCUGUGAUGGGGUCGUCCACGGAUCACGCCGCCGGUGCCCGUGGCAAGAAGCAGGGGUCGCAGCUGUGGAAGAAGGCGCUGCUGCAUUCCUCCCUCUGCUUCGUGAUGGGCUUCUUCACCGGCUUCGCGCCGUCGUCCGUGUCCGACUGGACGUCCGCGGCGGCGGCGGCGGGGGGCCGGGUGGGCAGCAGCCACGUGGUCCGGGCGCUGCCGGCGGGCGGCGCCGGGGCCGUGAACCGGAGCCUGCUGGCGCACGACGCGGGGGGCGGCGGCCUGCCGCGCGACCCGGCGUCCCCGCGCCCGCUCCUGGUGGUCGUCACGACGACGGAGUCGACGCCCGCGGCGACCGGCGAGCGCGCCGCCGCGCUGACGCGGGCGGCGCACGCGCUGCGUCUGGUGGCGCCGCCGCUGCUGUGGGUGGUGGUGGAGGCCGCCCCGGACGCGCCGGCCACGGCGCGGCUGCUGCGCGCCACGGGGCUCAUGUACCGCCACCUGACCUACAAGGACAACUUCACCUCCGCCGACGCCGCCGCGGGCAGGGAGCGGCACCACCAGCGCAACGUGGCGCUCGGACACAUCGAGCACCACCGCCUCGCCGGCGUCGUCCUCUUCGCGGGCCUCGGCGACGUGUUCGACCUCCGCUUCUUCGACGAGCUCAGGGGAAUCAGCGCGUUCGGCGCGUGGCCGGUGGCGACGAUGCGGCGCGGCGAGAGGAAGGUGGUCGUCCGGGGCCCCGCGUGCAGCUCGGCCGCGGUCACCGGCUGGUUCUCCCAGGACUUGGGCGGCAGCGGCACCGCGGCCGCCUCCGCAUCCACGGCGAGGCCUGGUGAGCUGGACGUCCACGGCUUCGCCUUCAACAGCUCCGUGCUCUGGGACCCCGAGCGCUGGGGCCGCUACCCAACCUCCGAGCCCGACAAGUCCCAGGACUCCAUGAAGUUCGUCCAGCAAGUGGUCCUGGAAGAUUUUAGCAAGGUGAAGGGCAUCCCUUCCGACUGCUCAGAGGUCAUGGUAUGGCACGUCGAUACGGCUGCGCCGUCUUUGCAGAACAAGAAGAGAAGAUAGAGAGCUCAACUCUAGAACAGAACGGGGACGAGCUGGAUGGAGGACGGCUGAGUGUGUUCGUUGUACAUGCAUGUCUACGCCGUCAAGAAUCAAGAUGCUGGUUGCCCCCUGCUCGGUACCUGCAAAGAAGGAAAAUUUUUGAGUUUCUCACCGGAGGAUGGAUCAGCCUCUGAACACCACCCCCCCCCCCCCUUCUCCAUCAUGAUGUACAAUUUUCCACUGUUCUUUUCUUUUUUUUUCUAAAAGAAGUUGUGAUAUAUGUAUAUUUUUUUCUUUUCUAGAGGGUUUAGGUGAAUACAUACAUAAUACCCCCUUGAAGUGCCUCUCAACAAGGAUGUAAUGGAAAGAAAGGCAAGCUAAAGACCAGCUUAACAAUGAUGGUACACAUGAGAAUGUUCUCUUCUGUUCAGAAGUUAUUUCCAAUACAAGAUAUCCAGUUCGUAGCAAA